UCUUCUUCUUCUCUCUCGCCGUCUCGCGAAGCAAGAGUUGUUUCACAAUCAGUUGGAAUCGGAGCAAUUUACUCGCAAUGACACAUUGCUUCGCCUUCUCCGCCGUACAAUUUUCUAGCCGGAAUUCUUUAUCAUUAUCGCUUCCUUUCAUCAGCAAAAGCAACAUCUGCUUCGCCGUCUCCGCCGUACAACUUUCUAGCCGGAAUUCUUUAUCAUUCCCUCAGCCUAUCCUCCUCCGCCACGUCAUCUCUACCCGGUCUAAUUUCGAGAUCGAUCGAGUUUGUAGAGCUCAUGCGUCUUCUAUCGGAUCAUACGAAGGUAGUUCUUCUACGGACCUCGAAGACGCCAAUUCCGAUGGCUUUGAUUUGGGGAGCUUUGUUUCAUUCGCGGAGGCGCUUUGUAUUCUAUCAUCCGCCGUGUUAUCGGUGGUUCUCGCGGUGAAUUACGUGGUGGUUGGUGAAAUCGGGAAAAAGGUUUUGUCUUUAGGUUUUGUUGGAUUGGUUGGUUCAGUCGCCACUGGUUUGUGGCUUAGACGACGGCAAUGGAUGAGGAUUUGCAAAGGAGCGAGAGAGAGUGAAGGGACGAAUUUGAUUCGAAGGUUGGAGAAACUUGAAGAGGAUUUAAAAAGCUCGACCACCAUUGUUAGAGUUCUUUCUAGGCAUCUAGAGAAGCUUGGGAUUCAGUUUCGGGUCACCCGGAAAGCUCUAAAGGAACCAAUUUCUGAGACUGCAGCUUUGGCUCAGAAGAAUUCUGAGGCCACAAGGGCAUCCUAAUCGGACAUUAGUGAAUCCCUUGCCUAAGUAGCUUGCAUCCUAAUUGAACAUGCUCCUCAGUUUGUGAACUGAUGAUCUUAGUCGAUAGAACAAGGUGAACGAGGAAGCUAAGUUGAUGUAGAAAGAGAUUUGGUCGUCGGAUUCUUUGAAUGUGGUGAAUGAUAAACCGGCAAUUCCUGCCGGUGAACCAGAGAAAGAAUCUCCUGCAGUGGUGGAAGAAAUUGUGAAAGCAGAGGAAUCUACAGAGACAGAGAAAAAUUCAAAUGAUGAGAGCGGAGCUUAACAUUCCAAUGAUGGUUGGUCUCACUCUUAUCAGAUGAGCUGAUUCUGGAGCUGGUACUUGUUCUCUCUCUGCUUCUGUCACUAGAUCUCUACAUGCGCCUCUCUCUCUUUUUGUUUCUCCUCUUGUUUCUAUAUUGUCCCUUUCCAGAUUUAACUUGUUUUUUUUACGUUUUUUUUGUUAUGUUAUUAUUCAAGAUUACCUUGGGUUUUCCCUGUUUUAUUGCUUACACAUGUUUACAUAUAAAAUACCAAGACUGAUGAACCCAAGCAAGAACAAGAAGCCUGCUGAAGCCACUGAGAACAGAUAGCAUGCGUGGACAUCCAAAGCACAACCCUCGGGAAGCUUCAUAUCGAGAAUCUUAAAAAUAGUAUCCCCUCCCAGAGGAUUAACGCUGCGUCUAUGGAUACGUCUCCAACAGCUGAAAAAUGUCACAAACUUUAUCAGUCAAAUUGGAAUGACAGAGCAUGAGGCAGUUUGGUCUCAUCGGAGAUGACUGAGAGCACAAUUGGUACUUUAGUAGUAACAUAUCAACAUAUGUUAAGAGGAAUAAGUCCGUCAAAAGAGACAUUACGAGAUACAGCACCCUACCAAAGCUAAGUGUGACUAAAACAACCAAAUAACCUCAGAAGAACAAUACUUUAUCUGCUUCAAGAAAUUAGUCCAAAGGAUGUCAACAAAGGGAGAACAAUAGUGCUAAGCAGUCCAAUUAAGAAAAUCCAAGGUCAAGCUGAUCUAUUUAGAACGCUCUGAGGGCUACACUUCUGGUCUCGAGAGGUCUUGACCUAUUGUAAUGUUGAGAACAAGCCAUACACAGCAGCUUUAAUUACCAUAUCUAGUCUGCUUGAAUUCCUUAAGGUCCUCGUAUGACAGGCCUUGAUAAUCUUCAGGAUACUGAACUCUGAAGCCAAUCUGUGAAGGGGAACCAAUGUAUAGGUGACAAUGUGACAUAGUAUGCAGAGCAUACAAUAACCCAAA